AGCGUGCCCGAGUAUCAGUACCACAAUACGUUCAGUUCCGCGAUGGUCGCGAGGCGACGUGCGUUCUCCCGUGUGCUUGUUACUACUGUUUAUGCUGCGUCCGUCGUUGUUUGUACGAUUCCGAUUACCCAAAGUCACGUUUAUUGUCGUCGUUGCCCCAGUGGUGUCCAGUCGAUUUGAGUUCGAAACCGUAUUCGGAUCACUAUCAAGCAUACCAGUCAUCUCUGUUAUUUAGAUCGGAUACUACUGUCAUUUUUAUAUUAUUAUCAACGCAAUCUAUAGGCACAGUACAGGGUUAUUAAACAUCGUAUUUGUUUACCACUUUCACUGUCAUGUCUUACUCAGUUACCGGAGGCGGCGUCCAGACUGCGGUCGCUGCGUUACAACCACAUAGCUGUUCGAUCCCGAAUACGCCUGAUGUGAUCAACUCGAUCAUGUCCUUGAUGGACCCAUUCCAACCUUUUUCUGGAAACGCGUCACUCACGUCUGAAGACUCAUCGGCCUCGAUUUGUUCCCCCGUGUCGACGUGUUCUCCCGUAUCGGCAUGUUCCCCCUUGUCGACACGUUCUCCCGUCUCAACGUGUUCCCCUGUGUCACCGACGGCCAGAAUGCAGAAUAUCUGCUCUAGUCUUAAGAUCAAGGAGGAGCUCAAGAUGGCUAUCCGGUCCAAACAGAAGAACGCAGUUACGGCGACAGUGACAUCGACAUGCGCCAGCAGAAGUCCGGUGCAGACCAAUAGAUCCAACACUUCCGGUGCGUGUGGAAUAAACGUGGCGGCUACAGCAUCGGCUGGCUUGGCAGCAUCGUCGCCGGGUGGCGGGCAAGCGAGAAAGCGGCGGAUUCAGGAUGAGGAGUCUCAUGGCGACGACGACUACGACGACGACGACGGGGAUGAUGUAUCAUCGCAUGGCGAAGGACUCACGGCCGAGGAUGAGGAGCGGCGGAAGCGGCGGCGGGAACGCAACAAAAUAGCGGCGACCAAGUGUCGGUUGAAAAAACGCGAAAAGACUACGAAUCUGAUGCAAGAAUCGAACGUGUUGGAGACGAAAAACUACGACCUGAAAUCACAGAUCCAUGAGCUGGAGACGCAGCGUAACGAACUGAUGAAGAUGCUCUCGGCGCACCCUUGUGCAAAAAGGCACCCCCAUCAACACCAACAGCAGCAGCACCACCACCAGCAGCAUCAAUCACAACACCAACAGCAGCUCCAAGAGCAGUACACGGUGGAACCUUAUGCGAAUGACCCUUAUCGUCAACACGGUCACGUGGCCGUUGACCCGCCGGUACUUAAGGACACCAUGUUCAGUGGCGGCAGUAAUUACGUCCCGGUUCCAUCGGUGGCCAACCAACCUGCCGACGUCUACCAUCGACCGAUCACUACGACGGCCGCGUCCAUGUCCACUGCCCACUAUCCAAUUGUUGGCGCCGGAAGUGUCGGUAACGUUUACACGUCUUGCGUGGACGAAUUGUACGAUUACAAUAAAGACUUGAUUUCCGGCGGAGGACCGCCCGACUUAAGUCAUCAGUACUACGACCACGGUAUAUGUUGAUAUUAUAAUGUAUAACGUGGAUUUUUUUUUUCAUGCCCACCCACCAAAGUCCGAUUUUCAAAUAUCGAAAUGUUAUUUUGUUAGUUUUUUACAGUUAAAUUUAAUAAAAAAAAAAUAUUAUGCAUUAUAAGCGUACGCAAUAAAACAAAGUCUUCGAAAUUAUAAUAUGUCGAGCGUAUAAUGUUAGCUCACACUUUCCCGAGCGUGUGAUGGAUUCGAACGAAAACCAAUUUUUACACCGUUAAUAUAUUACGUCUUUAUAAUUAUAAUUAUUAUUAUUAUUAUUAUUUUACUGUUAUUAAUAUUCUUAUCUUAUUUUUAUUAUUAUUGAUUACGAGUAAUAGUUACCUAGAUACAAUAUAUUAUGUGAUUACAUGGAAUUGUAAAGUGCUAACAUACGUAUAUAUCAUAUAAUAUGCGUAGGAGAAAAUGUAUUAUAUUUUUAUAUUCAUAAUUAUAUAUAUUAUAAUAUUAUACUAUUAUUAACUAUUGAAAAUGUGUGGCGGUAUUAUUUAUAUUUUUUGUGGCAUCUGCACAUGUCCGUUUCGAUAUAAUUUAAGUACAUCCGUAAUAUUAUUAUAUAGUCGGUAUACUCUAAUAUUAUAUAUAUAUUCGAUUCGGGGAAAAAAAUAUUAUCAAUUCCAGCAUCGAUCACUAUUAUACAUGAAUAGUAGUUGAAUGCAACCAAAGAGCUAAUUUAUUAUAUAAACGUUAUAUUUUAUAUUAACGGGUAUGAUAUUUUCUAUUUCCUCUGUGAAAAAUCCACCAUUAUUAUUAUUUUUUUUUUAUAUACUUAAGAAGUAUUCAUACAACAUUGUACUACAGAACUGUUUUGUAUUAUUUAUUUAUUUAUUAUAAUAAUAAUAUAAUAUUAUUUACUAUUAUUUACAGUUAUUACUAUUAUUAUUGUAUAAUGUUAAUAUUUUAUUUAUUUGUUAUCACUCACGUUAAUUACAGUUCGUAAUUUUUAUCGCCAAAAA